AUUUAUCAGUGACAAUAACCCGCCACAUCGCGAUCGAAUCCUAAACUCUCUUUCCUUUUCCUUUCCUUUUCCUCUCUUUUCCUAACCUCAACCCCUCCCACCGUGCCUUUUGCAAGGUAUCACAGUCCGAUUCCUUUCUCUCCUACUUCCCCACUCCUCACCACCAACUUUCCACCACCACUCGCCAUCCGAUUCGUCAUGACGUUCACACUAGUUGGAGGCCAUGACAAAAAGAUCCCUCUAGAACAACAGUAUCACCCGUGUCCGCGUUGCGAUCGUCCAACAGUCCAGCUGACCCGUUCUGAGACCCAGUUUGUUAUUUUCAACCAAAAGAUUGGAAAGUCCACCAACAUGCGCGUCCGCUAUGAAUGCCAAAUAUGCGGAUGGAAGAACGAGAACCUGCCCGACAAUCCCAAUGACAGGAGCUACAGCUCUUGGGAGGAUGAAACUGACAACAACCACGACAGCGACAAUAGCAACAAGAACACGACAACAACAGGUGCUGCUGGAAACUAACGAUAAUCACAUCAGCAACGUGCUGAUUCAUUAGUUUCCUACAAUCUCUUAUUAUUUGCUUGUUCUUCUCCCCUCUUCCCUUUUCACCUUUUCCCUCGCCAACUAUCUUACUAUGCUCUUAUCCAAUCACACUACAUACGUCGUGAUUUUUGUAUACCUAUGCACGCCUGUCCUUUCCAUGUUGCUAUUACCUUUCCCCCCCUUUUACUAUAUGCUUUACUUAUAAACCUCAACUUAUUUGACACAUAUCACACGCCCAUUCCAGCUCGCCCUACAAUCUAUCUUAUGGCACAGCCGGCAAAAAGAAAGGUCAAAGUAAAUUGAGAGCAACCAACCACUGGCGGCGGAGAACAAAGUUCCAUUCGUGGGGCGAAGAAGGUUCAUCACCCACGCCCUUGUAUCGCGGGUCUCUUCUUGGCAAUCUUGAUUGCGGCAGAGCACCAGCCCUAGCUCCGAGAAGGAGCUAGAAGUGGUAUGCUAUGCGGUUCUGAU